AUGGACGGACUUGGACGAUUAUCUUCGUCCGGUGGCGCGGCGUAUCCCCGUCCUGGGAGACUUGGGAGCCCCGCUCCUCAACUGAUGAUCGACGACGUGCAAGUCUGGUUGAGCAAGUCCUACGACACGGCACAUCCUGUGUCGCAGCAAGGACCACCGGAGAAAGUCUUCCCGGCACGGUCGUAA